AUGUUCACAUCGACGCCGUAUGCCGGUUUUUAUCCACAAAUACCAACACCACUAAUCUCAUCCAGAAUCUACUCACAGUACUCCUUAUGUUACAACGAUAAUGAAAGUCUUGGAAAACUCUCCACCACCUUCACCAGUCGAUCAGCAUCAUUUCUCUGCGAUUCAUCGUCAGAAUCCGACAUGAGUAAACAUUUUCUUCCAUCGCAGAUAACAUCUGGAAGCACACCACUAACAGAUUCGGGUUUUCUCUCGUCGUCAUCGAGUUCCAGAACACCAGUUGUUCGUAAUGUGGUUCGUGGUUAUAAGAAGACAUACUGCUUCGUGUGCAAAGUUGAUAUUACCAAGGCAGGAAAAAGGAGUCAAGUCAUCUUAUCUCUUUCAUACGUCUAUGCCGCAUCGUUUCCAAGUUCUAGCCAACAAUGUUCGACACCCCCUCCAGUGCUCACACCAGAAGCGCCUAAGCAAGAGAACAUUUCCGACAGUACAGUAGCGCUGGCACCUAUAGUGGAAACACCGCUGAAGGCACCACCUAAGAAGCGCAGGAUUGGUUUCAUGAUUGAAGACCUACUUAAGAUGUUUUCUGUUUUCUUGAUCGGCCAUAUUCAUGAAAUGCUGGCCAACUAUGACGAAGAAAAAGGUGCAAAACCACCAAAGAUAGUUACUUCACCUGUCACCCGUAGUUCUGCUGAUGGUCGAGUGAUUCGAGUGGGCGCCAGUAAAUCUUCCAUUUUUCCGUCUAACCCAAGAGUAGCUCAGCUCUUCGUGAAGAACUCUGACCAUCGGGUCGGUGGUCUUCUUGCAGUGCGUUUAACGUCCAGAGGAUCAGCCACUAACGACUUUUGUCCAUCCGUUGUCGUUCAUACGAACUACUUGUCCGGCGCACCUUAUCUUCGACUGUUUGGCGUACAGAACGACAUCCUUGAUUUUUGA